CGGAUGUAAACAUUGCCAUUGGUUCUCGCUCGCCGGAAAGGCCCAAACCACCAGAUCUCUUCAGAAAUUUAUUUACUUGCUGGAAGAACAACAAAAGACGGUGGCAAAAGGAGAAGGUCUUAUAUUUCAGUAAGCGAAGAAAUGAAUGGUAGUGAAGAAAAAGUCUUCUGGAAGGCUGAGAAUUUUUAUCGACCUCCUCCACAGCUACCAUUUGCAGUGAUUGUGCUGAAUGAGUCUAUUGACCCCUCAGAUUGCCAGUUUGUGCAUCAGCUGUGGCAGAAAGCCCAUGUUCGCAUGUGUGUAGAUGGGGGUACCAACCUGUACCAUUACCUAAUAAGAAAUGGUCCUCAGGUGACUAACGCUACCAACUCAGAUCCACCAAAGUGUCCUCUGCCAGAUCUGAUAACAGGAGAUUUUGAUUCCAUAGAGCCAGAGGUGCUGAAACUUUAUCAGAAUGAAAAUGUUACUGUUAUCCACACACCUGACCAGGAUGAAACAGAUUUCACAAAGGCAGUCAGAAUGUUGGGGAAGUACGUUUUAGAAAGAAACUUGAUGAUUGACCAAGUGUUGGUUAUUGCAGGGGUUCAUAGCGAGAGAUUUGAUCACAUUAUGGCCAAUUUGGCCACACUUUUUAAGGUGGACAAGUUGAUUCCUGUGCCAGUCAUCAUGUUGUGUAAAGGAAGCCUGAUAUGGCUUCUGAGUCCUGGCGACCACAGAAUAGAGGUUCCGAAGGAUGUGACUCUGAACUCACAGAGAGCAUGGUGUGGCCUAAUACCCCUUGGCCAUCCAACUAUUGUCACAACUUCGGGUUUGAAGUGGAAUCUGGAUAAUCAGGAACUGAGUUUCAGCUCAUUGAUAAGCACCUCAAACACCUAUGACCCCAAGUGCAGCAGUGUCAGUAUCAGCACGUCACAGCCUCUGAUUUGGACAAUGGGUAUUGAGGCUAAUCCAGAAUGGGUAUCCUCCCGCCUUUCCAAGGAAUCCUGCAUUAAUGGUGAUGCUGUGCAAGGUGUGGAUAAGGAUCAGGUUUGCCAAAGUCUGGAAAAUGAAAGUCGGUGAUUUUCUCUUUUAUAGAAAGUUAGAUUGAUUAUAAUUUGAUUUAGCAUAGGUAUUCUUUAUGACUAAGUGCAUUUGUAUGUACUUUUAUUUAGAAACCCAGUGAUAUUCUCUUGUACUUCAUUUAUUUAUCAUGUGCAUGGAACACUUAGUACAAAAAGAUUACUUAGAAAUAAUAGAAACCCUUUUUUUAAGCUACUAGAAAUAUUGUUUUGUUUUAUUUAGUAUAUCUUAUAUUGUUUGUUAGGAAAUUGAUUUAGUGCGGCUAGAAUACUUAAGAAUUAUAUAGAUCUGGGGUCAGCUUUGUAUACGGGAAGCAGGUUUGGUUGGCCAGUCAUUCAGUAUCAUAUGGCUGGUAGUUGUCUCAUAGCACUUAAUCUUCAGACACUUUUGAUUGACUGCUUAACCCGCUAAUGUCAGGAUGGCAUGUAUGAAUGCCCUAUUCACCAUGAUUUUAGUUUAUUAAUUUUGUUUAUACAAAUAGCUCCUCAAGUGCUUAGUCACACACAACUAGGGAUACCUAUCUCACUUGUUUACCUUGUUCUUUGAAAUUUGGGGAAAACAUGUUUUUAUUUUCAUUAUUAUUAGUAUGUAUUGUAAUGUUAUGAUAAUGAUAAUAACAAUACUAAUAAUAUUAUUACAAAGAAAACAACCACAACAGGUAUUCCUAGUAACUGAAUCCUUGGUGACUACAAGCUUGUGAAGUGCAUGUAUCAAGGACCAGUGGGUUUAACAAGAUAAACAGACAUAACAUGGUCCUAAUGUUCAUGUAUGCAUGUAUGUAUGUAUGUGUGUGUGUCCAUAUCGGUGCA